AUGAAACAUGAUCAUGUACGAUGAACACUGAUAGAGGGUAAGUCUUUGCCCAAACUAAUUUGAGGGGCUAUAUAUCUCUUGUUGACAGGAACAUCACACCAAAAACUCAUCUUACAUUUUGAAGGAGGCAUCGAGACAAAGCUGACAAAAAGAAUCAAUUCUGUCAAUGAGGCAAGCCCUUGUUCUAGCGCUUAAGAAUCAAUUAUCAAUCAUUAAACCAUCAUCAUCUUCAAGCAAUAAUCUUAUUAAUCGGUGACUUUGUUUUAACAGUCUCCGAGAGGAAAGAUAUGCAGCUGAAGAUGAUUGUUACAAAAUGUUUAAAGGAUGAUGUGUGUUAGAUUGACCCACCCCGAGUGAGUCUCACAGAAUCAAUCACACACGUCGUAUGCUCAUUCUCCACUUAAAAAAACUUCCCAAACAUAGAUUACUUUCAGUAGAGGACGCGUGUCUUGGUUUCCCGUUCUUAGUAACUUACACAGAAAACAAGGUGAUAUAUUCUGUGCAGUGGUCUCAUGAGUUCACGUGAAUAAAGAUAAGUAGAUUCAUUUGCCUCCUCGUUUCAGUAUUGAGAUACUUUUCGGUGUUUAUGUCAAACCACUCACUACAAACAACUUUAUAACCCAACAGCCUUUAUUCAUUUUAUGGUGGUUACGUUUUGGUUUCUCAACAAAAAAUAAUUAGACCAAUACAUAUUAUCUCUCCUACUAUCACUCAUGAUAUUUUUAUACAUCUCUAAACUAAAACAAAACCAGUUUUUUUUUUUCCUUUAUACAGAUAUAUGGUCUAUCACUUGUGAGUUAUGAUAUUUUUUCUUUAUAAAUAUCGCAAAGAAUUUUCAUUUUUCGUAUAAAAGAUAAUAAUAUUAGUAGUUUUUUAGGACAUGGGUGGAGUAAUGCGGUCGUGUAAAGGUAUAAUGCACAAAACGACGAGUUUAUCUUUCUUUCACGUAAAAAACGACAAGAGUGGUGGUAGUUAGACUCUGAAAGAGGGAGGGGGAGACAAAAUAACACAAGGGGGUUGAUAAAUCACGAGGCUUCACGUGAAGUGCACGUGAAGGUGGCCAAAAAGCCAAAUUGUGAGUCCCAUCUAAACAUGCUUUUACAAUUGGACCCAAUCUUUAUGGCGUGAAGGUUCUUUCCACUCACGUGGACCUCUUUCCCGAGUUUGCCCGUCUCUCUCACUAGCACAACUACAUUAUCACUGUGUUAAAUUCCAUGCAGUAUUUUUACUAUUCGCUCACUAAUCUCUCUAAUUAAUUUAUAAAUUAUUUUGUUUAUUUUCCAUGGAAGAUACAUUCUUAGAUCUACUGUGAACAAAAGAACAAAUAUAGUGGGGAAAUUUUAAAAAUUAAAUGGUUAUUUGCUGCUUGCUAGACCAUACUAUUUACAUGUCUGUACAAUUUAUUAUUUAUGAAUAUGGAAAAAUGGAAAUAUAGGUUCCCAAAUUAUUUAUUAGUUUUUUUUAAAAAACGCUUAAAUUAUUUAUUAGUUUACGUUGGACAUUUUUUUUUGUCAUUGCAUAUAAAACUUCAUGUUGUAGAAUAAAAGUGAAUUUUUUCCUAAAUCUCUAAAUUAAUAUAUAGAUAUAUAUAUAUAGGCUUCGAAGAAAUUAGUUGCAUUAUUGUUGGAGGAUCGUCGGAAGAGAUUUUAUGGUCCACCGUUAUAUAUUUGCAUGGUCCACCGUUAUAUAUUUUAUACAUACAUGUAUAUCAUGACAAAAGUAUCAUAAAGUGUAAAUUCUCGAGAUUUAGUUAUUAAGAAACCUACACAAGAAAAUAUCUAAAAGUAUUUUACAGACUAUGGUUAAGUACUAUAUGAUAAAAGCCGAAUCAUAACAUCAGGCGUGAAGAGAAAUAACCUUACUUGUAACUUAUAAAACAUGUUUUUACAGCAGUAUAGUCACAACAUUUACUUUUUCAUAACAAAAGACCGUAGUUAUAACAUUUACUGUCAUUUUAAAAUGGAGAAAUAAAUAAAAUAAUAAGUUGUCAGCGUAGAUUUGACUUUCCUUAUUUUUAUCUGAUUUUUUUUUUCUUUUUUUGGAGCACAGAAAAAUGGAGCGGUGGAGAAGAGAAGUUGGUCAUAGUUAAACUCAUAAAAGGUUGUCUCUCUGGGAGUCUUUCUUUGUCUUUCACUAUCACCCAUACACUCUUGUCUUCUCCCACACUAUCCGAGGUCGAGGUACGUAUAGCUGCAGUUACCCACAUAUCAAUUCCAAUAAUAUUAUCAAGACCUAUAACUAUGAGAUAUACACGUACUCUUUUAUUUACUAAAUAAUUUUACUACGUACUAAAUGUCUAGUUAAUUCGAACCUCUUCUUGUUAUGAUUUUCUUAAAAUAUUAUAAAGCAUUCAAAGCUUCAUUUAACAAGCACAAAUAUACCUUCACUAGCGUCCAUUGUUUGUGUUAUGAAAGCAUAGUGUAUAUCGAAGGCACAAAUACGGUAGAUAUGAAAUUUAUCCGUCAGAACUCAAUCCUAAAGUAACGAGUAUACUACUUUUCAGAAAAGAAAUAAAUGCUUCUUUUUAUUUAUUAAAAUAAGAAUUUACAAAAAGGGUUGCAAGUACGGAAUAUAAGUAUAUAUAUAUACGUAAAUGCACCUCUUCAUGAAUCAUGUGAACCCCAAGAAAGAAGACCAAAGUGUGAAUUCUAAAUCUCUCCCAUUCUGCAACUCAUAAACACCAAAAAAAGCUUCGUUCAAUUUACUUCGAUGGGAAAAAAUCUCUGUGCAUCGUCCUCCCAACCAAACAUGAUUUCUCCAUCAUCGAGCUUAAAACCAACAUUAAACGAUCAAGAUUAUAUGGAACUGGUUUGCGAAAAUGGGCAGAUUCUUGCAAAGAGUCGAAAAACCAACAACAACGGCUAUUUUCAGAAUCAACGAAGGCAAUCGAUAUUGGAUUUGUACGAGAGCGAGUACGAUGAGAGUUUCAAGAAAAACAUCAAGAAUCAUGAAGAGACACAAGUUGUUCCUGUGAGUGACGAACAAACUAAUAAUAAAAAGAGGACUAAACCCUCCAAGAAUGAAUUAGAGAGAGAUCUUUUGAAAGGCAGCAAACGUUUUGAGUCACCAACGUUGAAUGGUUAUUCUUUGAAUGGUUUAAAGAAUGUUGAAGUUAUCAAAGCUCCUCCUGAUGAGCAAUCUGAAGCUGUUGGAAGAUCCACAAAAUUGUAUUUUACGCCUUCAUCUAUGCUUUCUCGAGGAACUUCUAGAGAUCUAAGUAGUUCUUCAAAGAAGAGGAAGUGUGGAGACAAUGAAGAAGAAGAAGAAGAAACAACUUAUCUAAGUAAUAGUUCGGAUGAUGAAUCAGAUGAUGCUAAAACACGAGUUCCUGCGAGAACAAGAAAGACUAUGGCUAAGAGAAAACGAAGCACUGAAGUCCAUAGGUUAUCUGAAAGAAAGCGAAGACACGAGAUCAGCAAGAAAAUGCGUGCUUUGCAGGAUCUACUACCUAACUGUUACAAGGAUGAUAAGGUAUCAUUGCUGGACGAGGCGAUCAAAUAUAUGAGGACUCUUCAACUUCAAGUUCAGAUGAUGAGUAUGGGAAAUGGAUUUAUACAACCAUCUGUGAUGCUACCAAUGGGUAAUUACUCUCCCAUGGGUCUAGGAAUGCAUAUGGGCGCAGCAGCAACAACACCAUCACUACCACAAUUUAUGCCUAUGAACGUUCAAGGAACCGGUUUUCAUGGGAUUACCAAUGCAUCAUCACAAAUGCUAAGUGCCUUUCUUAAUCAUCCCACAGGACUAAUCCCAAACUCUCCCAUCUUUUCUCCAUUAGAAAGCUGCUCUCAGCAACUGGUCACUCCUUCAUGUUUUCCUGAGACUCAAACUACUUCCUUUAGUCAGUUUCCAAUGUCUGGGUCGACCACGAACUUCGAAGAUGCUAUGCAGUUUAGAGGAAGCAGUGGUUAUUAAUCAUUGUUCGCUGAACUUAAAGAUUUGUAGAUAGUUGAUGAUGUCUAUUAUUUUCAAAGUGGACGUACAAUGUUCAACUAUAAGCUAUAACUUGAAUCAUGGAGUGUAUAACAGUCUCAAAUAGAGGAUGUGCAUUUGCAUAAAUAAUAACAAAAAAAGAAUUGCACAAUAAGUGAAAACAGAACAUGAAUGUAUUCUCGGGAUACAGUAAUUCCGAGUCGUUGAAGUGUAAAAUUGAACUUUCGACAAUGUACGUACGUCUGGUCUGAUCAGAGGAUAGCAGAUUAGGGUUUCUAAACUUUCCUAAUUUCCUCAAUGUGGUUUUUUUUUCAGUGGUAAUGAAAUUAAACGGCUUCGAGAACCUCGGGCUUGACGGGAUUUUUAGUGGACUUAAUAUUCUUUAUUAAGAUUUUUUUUUUUCUGAUAACCUUUAUUAAGUAUUACUAGGUUAAUACCCGAGCUACGCCGCGGACAAAGAUAUUAUAUAAAUUUUGUAUUUUCACAGAAUUAGUAUUAAUCUAAUUUGAUAAUGUAAUUUCUGCAGCUCUUGAUAGUGUAUCAAAUUUGCUUAAACAAUUUCAAAAAGCAUACACACUAAUAGAUAUUAUAAAAAUUUAUCCUAUAAUGAUAAGCAUUACUUUUUAUGAUUAAUUUUUUAUGAUUAAUAUAGCAUUUUUUGUAGAGCAAUUCUUCUAAAUAGAUCAUUUUCAAUUUUUAGUCACAAAAAUAGAUCACAAGGAGGAAAAUGACCAAAAUAUCUCAUUUAAUAAGUAAAAGGACCCUAACACCAUAGAUAUAUAAAAAAUAAAAUUAAAAUAAAUUUUAAAAAUUAAAAAAAAAUAAUUU